UCACCACAAUAACUUAGCAGCCUUGGAUUCUUCUACAGUUUCAGUUCACCUGCGCAAGAGCGCGCGACGGCGCUGCGACGUAUAUUUUAAAUUUAAAAAAAGAAGUAUCUUUUUUUUUUAUUUUUAUUUAGUUACAAUGAGUUGAUAAUUAUUUUGAUAGAUAAUAGAUUAUUUUAACAAAAAAAAAUAAAAACAAACUAGUUAUUCUAUAAUUGGCUUUAUAUUUAAUUUUAAUUUACCAAAAUGAGUGCCAAAUUAGAUGCUGUUAGUGAAGUUACAAAACCAAAGUCCAUGCUAGGCGUGCGGCACCUUCAAGCCGUGAUGCUGUUCCUCGCCAUGCUGAUCGCCUUCAGCAUGAGGGUCAACAUGAGCAUGGCCAUCGUCGCCAUGACCGACGCCAGUAAUGACAAUUCAUUCGACUGGAGCGUCCAAACUCAGAGUGUCAUCCUGUCAUCCUUCUUCUGGGGCUACGUCAUCCUUCAAAUCCCCGGAGGCGAGCUGGCUGCGAGGUUCGGCAGCAAGAUUCUCAUUGUGUUGUGCAUUGGUAUCAACUCGGCGGCUUCUCUCUUGCUGCCAAUUGGGGCUCAUUUUGGCGGCUGGAAGUUGGUUUGUGCCUGCAGAGUGGUCCAAGGUCUGUCUCAAGGACUGCUGUUUCCAUCAGUACACAACGUGAUUGGAAAAUGGGUGCCGUUGGAAGAGAAGAGUCGACUUGGGACGUUAGUGUACUCGGGAGGUCAGCUCGGCACAGCACUACAGCUCAUAAUAUCUGGCUACAUAGCAGACUACUGGGGGUGGCCGGCCAUCUUCUACACCAUGGGCAGUCUGGGGGCCGUGUGGACUGUCCUCUACAUGUUCAUAGGGUCAUCCACGCCGAAGACCUCGAAGAUCAUCAGCGUGGAGGAGAAGGCGUAUAUUGAAAAUUCGCUAGGGCAAGUCGGGGUGCAGAAGAAAUUAAAAACGCCCUGGAAAUCCAUUUUCACAUCGUUGCCGUUCCUGUCUCUCCUGAUCACCCACUGCGGACACAACUGGGGAUUCUGGACUCUCAUGACCGAAAUACCUUCGUAUAUGAACAGAGUUCUUGGAGUCGACAUCAAAUCAAACGGAGUGAUGUCAGCUUUGCCUUACCUCGGCAUGUACUUGAUGAGCUUCCCUCUGGGAUUCACCUCCGACUUCGUGCUGAAGAAGAAAUGGCUGAGUAUCACUACUUCGAGGAAGAUCAGCAACUCAAUCAGUCAGUACGGACCAGCCAUAGUCCUGAUAAUCCUGUCGUAUUCCCCUGCUGACGUCACCGUGGCUGUCUCCCUGCUUACCCUGACCAAUUGUCUAAAUGCUUUCCAUUAUACGGGUUAUUUGCUAGUCCACAUCGACAUGUCUCCAAACUUCGCCAGCACUCUGAUGGGCAUCACCAACUGCAUCGCCAACAUCGUGUCGCUCAUAGCUCCUUUGGUUGCUGGAGUUAUAUUGGAAGACGAGACUGAUCCCAAGGAAUGGCGCACGGUGUUUUUCGUGGCGUCCACAAUCUACGUAAUUUGCAACACUAUUUACGUGAUAUUCGGCUCCAGUGAGAAGCAGAAAUGGAACGAACCGAGAACUGAACCCAACACGAAUGAAAGCGAUAUCAAAAUGGAGAAAGCUGUAUGACAUCAGAUUAAUCAAUUGACGCUAAGUUAAUGUAGCUGACUGACAAUGAUUUACCAAAUUUUACAAAGUAAAGCAAUAUAAAGUAAGUUCUUAGUUUCUUUUAGGUUAAUAUAGUAAUAAAUUAAAUAUUUAAAGUA